UUCCGUGCUAUUAUUGCUUGAAAGUUGAAACAAUAGAAAGAGAAUUGAAGUGAGUCAAGAGAGGAUUCACCGUUUCUCUAUAAGGAAUCAGAUUAUUGUUUGGAAAAGCUGCAAAACCCCAUCACAACAACAAAAGACUCUCAGAAUGCACAACCCCCACAGAAAGAGUCAGAAUCAGAAGGACCCAGAAAUAGCAACCACUGAUCCUUGAAUUUUCCAUAGCCGCUUCUCUCAAGUAAGCUUCUGCUAUGGAUUUUCUCUCCGAAUUGAGGCUAACAUCAGUUUUCGGGUUGACGCAAUGGCUGGGUACUUCUCACUAGGUGGGCGAGAGAGGGUGAAUCUACGGGAAGAAGGAGAAGAAGAGAAGGUUGUGCACAACCCUGGAAACGAAAUCCCCUCGAAUAGCUUGUUUUUGUAUAGAAACGAGGAGAUCUACAACAAGGGUUUCGAGCUAUGGCAACAGUACUGUCAUCAACGGCUGCAUCAACCGCAAAAUAUAGUAUUCUCCUCCUCUGCAACAUUCGGAGUCAGCACUCCUAGUGGAAGAACAUACAACCUGUCUGAUGAGUCGUGUAGAUCGGGAUUCACGGUGAUGAGGCAAGGUGGAGGAGGAGGUGGCAUGAAUUGCCAGGACUGCGGCAACCAAGCCAAGAAGGACUGCAUCCAUAUGAGAUGCAGGACUUGCUGCAAGAGCCGAGGGUUUCCGUGCCCGACCCACGUCAAGAGUACUUGGGUUCCUGCUGCCAAAAGGCGUGAGAGGCAACUACAACUCGCUGCUUUCCAACAACAGCAGCAGCAGCAGCAGCAACAACAGGAACAACAACACCAACAACAGCAGAUCCGAGGAGAGAAUCAGAAAAGGCAGAGAGAGAAUCCAGUUGCUCCCGCUCUAGCUACCACCACGUCAGGGUUGGAAGUGGGACACUUUCCCUCUGAAGUUAAUUCUCCGGCCUACUUCCGCUGCGUAAGAGUAAGCGCCAUGGAUGAGGCAGACGAGCAGUUGGCGUAUCAGACUGCUGUUAACAUCGGAGGGCAUGUUUUCAAGGGAAUUCUCUAUGAUCACGGCCCUGAAAGUCGUUAUGGGGGCGAGAGCUCCUCCGGUGGCGGCAGCGGCAGUCAACAACACAAUCUUAUCACUGCACCCCCCGGCGUAACUACUACAAGCAACCAAGCUACCACAUUGCUUGAUCCUUCUUUAUACCCAGCUCCACUCAACGUUUUCAUGGCGGGUACGCAAUUCUUCCCACCCCCAAGACCUUAAACAACCCUCUCUAAGCUUCUUUCCUUCUAACCAGUCUUGAAUUCUAUAUUGUUCCUAAUGUUAUUGUGGUGGUAGCCAGUGCUAUUUUAACGCUCUCUGAAGUAGAGAGUAAAUGAAAAGAGAAAUGACAAAUGAGGAUGAUAUGACUUGGGGAUGUUGGUUUUGUUCAAAUUUCAAUGCAAAAUUUUCAUAGUUAUUUGAUCUUUAUUGGUAACCCAUUAAGCUUCCUGUUAUCAUUUUGAGUGUAUCCCUUUGAGUCUUUGACCAUGUGGAUGUGUGCAGUUUUUGAUAUGAUGUAUCUUCUUUCCCCCUAAAAAUCAGGGUUCUUCUUUGCUUAUCGUUUUUCUCAUUUGGGCUGAUAUUCAAUUCGCUUUCUGGCUUGUCUCGAAGUCGAAGCUGCUUUUUUUCCCGUUUCCCCGUUUACUUGCCGGAUGAAAAUGUGGAAUGAAAUAAUAGCUUUCGUGUUUGGUUAAGCAAAGAAUUUUGAAGUC